GCCGCCAGUUGUGGGUGAAUACAACCAAGCGAGUUAUUGGGCAAUAAAUCUGAGUUGGUUUACUGGAGUUUCCUGGCAGUAGCCGAGAGGGAAGAGCCAGGAGGAGAGAGGAGCCUGGAGCAGUGUGAGCGGGGCAGCGCCGCGGAUCCGCCCACUCGGCGCUGGGACGUGCCGCGACGGGAGGAGCCCGACCGCACACCCCCGAGCUCGCAACGCAAAGUUUGUCAAAUGCUCUUCGCUUCUUCCCCCGCGAUGGAAGAAGGGGGGAUGCAGCAAGUGCGGGCGUCUGUUUGCUGCCAGUGAAGCGAUCUGGAGGUGGGACUAACGGGGACCACUGUCCACUGCAGCCGCACACGUGUUGGCGCUGCCCGGCGCCCUGGCGGAUGACAGCACAGUGAGGAGGUUGCUUCAGGCCGGCGAUGCCUUCCUGACUUCUCCGGGGCAGUGCGGAGUCAUUAGGUGGCGAGUGGCCGGAGCCCGUGGGGAUGGAGGUGCAGGUGCCGUGUGGCUUCUUCUACUGGCUGCUGUUGCCGCUCUCCCUCCUGGCUGCUUGCCUCUUUCGCUACAAUGCCUUGUCUCUGAUUUACCUGUUAUAUUUGUUGCUGCUUCCACUGUUCUUUGGUCCCAAUGAACACACUGUGAGAGGCCACACUGGUCGUCUACUCAAGGCGCUGCUGGGAACCAGCAUUCUCUUCCUGUGUGCACAUGGAGGUUUUCAGAUCACCCUUUAUGUUUUGAAAGAUGAGGAUUUGUUGGGCUAUAACUGCAGCACAUGGGAAACCUUGUCCAGGCACAUUGGAGUCACCAGGCUCGAUCUGAAUGAUAUUGCAAAUUGUAUUCGAUUGGUGGCUCCAGAUUUGGGAAUAUUUAUCAUCAGUUGUAUCACGUUAGCUUUUUGUAAUUGUUUGGCAAAGAAAAAGAAGUCAAUACAAAGCAAGGACAUAGACAGCAAUGAGGAGGAUGUAGAAGAGGAAGGUACGGAUUUGGAAGAUGCAACAGAGGAUGAAGAAGAUGCGGCUGAACAAGAAAGACGGAGACAAGACCAUAUAGCUGCAUUGGCUCGACUGCGAACCACAGCACAAAAGCUUCUUGAAGCUACAGGGAAAAUUGUGGCCAUGCUGCUUUUGGCAUUAGCAGGAAUUACAGUUCCAUCUGCAUUCUCUGGUGCUUAUUAUCUGUUUUUCAUUGGAAUUUGUACAUGGUGGGCCUGUCACCUUCCAAUGACCCAUAUUGGAUUUAAUACAAUAUGUGUUAUGGUGGCAUUUUACACUGCGGGCCACAUUAUCUGCCUGUAUAUCUAUCAGACUGCAUUUAUCCAGGAGAUAUUCCCCCCUGGUGGGCUCUGGUCCAGAUUGUUUGGUCUAAAGGAUAUUAUCCACUCAAACUGCAGCCAUCCUCACGAGCUUGUGCUCAACAUGAAUCAUACAUGGCCUGCUUUUGCAAAUCCUGCAGUCCUACUGCUACUUUAUUACACUGUAGCGUCGCUCCUGAAGCUAAAGAGAAAAACAUCAGGCACUACAAAGGACAUAGCACAUAAAAAUGGUGAAGAAGUUGAACUGGUAAAUUUGGAGCCUUGGUCAAUGAAACAGGAUGAAUCUGAAGAUGAAGCUAAACCAAUGUUGCAACCUGCCAGUGGUGAGCAUGGUGAAGGAGACAGCUACACUGUACAUGUCAUUAGUGGAUCAGGGCAACCAGAUGCAGUCGAAUCUUUAAAUCACACGACCACACAUGCACCUGGAUAUUCUCAUUCACCGCUCCAUGGCCUUGGACACAUAAUCAUGCGACAGAGCUAUAUCUGCACACUCAUCAUCAUGAUGGUUUGGAGUAUUACAUUUCACAGCUGGUUAACCUUUGUGCUUUUGAUUUGGGCUUGCCUGAUCUGGAUUGUCCGUAGUCGACGACAGCUUGCCAUGUUCUGCUCUCCGUUCAUUCUGCUGUACGGAAUCAUGCUCUGCAGCCUGCAAUAUAUCUGGGGAAUGGACUUGGCUGAAGAACUUCCAACCAAAAUUGGAUUUGUGGUUCUGACACAGCUUGGUUUAGUCCACAUGGAGAAUCACUGUUUGUGCCUCGGUUUAAUGCUGUUGUACACACUCACUUUUUGGCUCUUAUUGCGCCAAUUUGUAAAAGAAAAAUGCUUGAAGCAGAAAGAGGUGCCGCUGAAAGAAGUAACUGUGCCUGAGGCAGGUCAGGAGAAGAAUGAAGUUUUGAAAGCGCUUGGGGAAAUAGUAAUGAGUUUCUAUGCCAAGUAUUGGAUUUACAUUUGUGGAGGGAUGUUCUUCGUUGUCAGUUUCACUGGAAGAAUAGUAGUCUAUAAAAUUGUUUAUAUGUUCCUUUUCCUCCUUUGCCUGUCAUUCUAUCAGGUCUGUUACUUUCUGUGGCGGAAGUUGCUGAAGCUGUUCUGGUGGUUGGUUGUUGCCUACACAAUGCUGGUCCUCAUUUCAGUUUACACUUUUCAAUUUGAUGACUUCCCACAUUACUGGAUAAACUUUACAGGAUUAACAGAAAAACAGUUAGGUGAUAUGGGAUUGGAGAAAUUCGGUGUCAGUGAGCUCUUCUCCAGCAUCUUGAUCCCUGCCUUUUUCCUGCUGUCCUGUAUUCUACAGCUGCACUACUUCCAUCGCCGUUUCAUGCAGAUCACUGAUCUGGAGCACGUACCCACAAAUGGAAAAGGCCCAUUGCACCGGCUGAAGGAAAAUUUAGCAGCACGUUCUGAGGAAGCAGCUGGUCCUGAACUCCUUCAGAAUGGGGCAGCAGAAGGCACAGACUGUGAGGACGAUGAGCAUCCUCCAGCAGAGGGGCGCAGGCUUGAAGGGGAAAUUGUUUACAAUAAGUGGGGCUUAGUGAUCGACCGCCUCCUUGUACUUUUCCUGAAAUUCUCCAAGAUCCUCAACUGCAUCCAAGUGAUAAUUUGGAGGCUCCUGGAAUUGCAUGUGAUGAAACUUGUGGCCCUGUUCAGUGUGUGGGUCGCACUGAAAGAGCCUUCCGUCAUGAACUUUCUCUUCAUCGUCCUCUGGUCAUUUGCGAUGCCGUAUACCAAGUUCCGUCCAAUGGCUUCCUGCAUUUCUACUUUGUGGGCUUGCAUCAUUGUUGUCUGUAAAAUGCUGUAUCAGCUGAAGAUUGUAAAUCCAACAGAGUAUUCCAGCAACUGCACAACGCUCUCUCCAAAUGAGACUAAUCUAAAACCGGAUGAAAUCAUGCAUUCUGCACUGUACAGAGGGCCCGUGGACCCUGCCAACUGGUUUGGAUUCAGAAAAGAAUUUCCCAUUCUUGCUUACCUCCAAAACCAUCUUCUUCUGCUAAUGUUACUAAUUUUUGAGAUAACUGUAUACCGGCACCAAGAGCAUUUCCGCAAGUAUAACCAGCUGCCCCAACCCACCACUGGUACCAUCUUUCCAGAGAUAACUCGGCAGCACCUGGAUGAAAGUGUCAUCAGUUGUGCCAAAUAUUUCAGCAAUUUCUUCUUCUACAAGUUUGGUUUAGAGGUUUGCCUCUUAAUGACAGUCAAUGUGAUUGGGCAGCGGAUGAACUUUCUUGCAAUAAUUCAUGCUAGCUGGUUGAUUGCCAUUGUGACCAGACGUAAAAGGCAGGCAAUUGCCAGGCUUUGGCCCAAGUACUGCCUCUUCCAGUCCCUUUUCCUGUUGUACCAAUACCUGUUGUGUCUGGGAAUUCCUCCAGCUCUCUGUAUAGAUUACCCAUGGAGAUGGCCAUCCCCUAUCACCAUUCACUCCAGCUUAAUUAAGUGGUUCUAUCUGCCUGACUUUGUGGCUGCCCCUAGUUCCACACAUCUUUUCUAUGACUUUCUGUUACUGAUGUGCGUAUCCCUUCAGUGGCAAGUAUUUAUUGAUGAAAAGAAGGAAGAGGUUCAUACCAUAGCUGGUGAAAAUACAGAUAACCCUGAUCCCAUGGCUGGCCAGGACCUGAAUCCAGUGCCAAACUUUAUUUACUGUCGAUGUUACCUGGACAUGAUAAAAACUGUGGUCUUCCGGUACCUCUUCUGGCUUGUGUCGGCAGUCAUCUUUGCAGCUGGUUCCACUCGGAUAAGUGUAUUUGGCCUUGGCUAUCUGCUUGCCUCCUUUUAUUUGCUUCUCCUCGGCAGAAGACUUUUACUAAAGCCAGCAGCAAGUCGUUUAAACUUUUGGGAUUGCUUAAUUAUGUACAACAUUACUGUCAUGAUUGCAAAAAAUAUGCUCUCGCUCCUGGCCUGCGUCUUCUUGAAGCAACUCCAAAAUGACUUCUGUUGGAUGAUUCAGUUAUUAAGUUUGCACUGCACUAUCAAAGGCUACUAUAAUGAAAAUGAUUUAAAGGAUUCAGAAUGUAUUUUGCCUGUGGGUGAAGCUGGCAUUAUCUGGGACAGCAUCUGCUUCUUUUUCCUUUUGCUUCAGCGCAGAAUCUUCCUCAGCUACUAUUUCAUUCAUGUGACAGCAGACAUGAGAGCCUCCAAGCUACAAGCAUCCAGGGGCUUCCAACUAUUCAAUGCCAGCAUCAUCAAGGACAUGAAUUUCCUGCAUGAAACCGAGAUGAAGUCCAAAGCACAAAUAAAAAGACAGAUGGAGAGAAUCCGAGCAAAACAGGAAAAAUACAGAGGUGAAAGAGAUUCCAAUGACCCCAGUGAAAAAGAUGAAGGAGAUAAAGAGCACAGUGCAACGAAAGAGAAGUCCCAGGAGAAAAGGAAAUGGUGGCAUCCCUGGGCAAACCAUGCGAAAGUGCUUCAAUCUGGAGACUACUACUUGUUUGAGUCAGACAGUGAAGAAGAUGAAGAAAUUGUGCAGGAGGAACCGAAGCCUCCUGAACACAGUGCAUUCCAGUUGGCAUACCAAGCCUGGGUAGCAAAUGCAAAAUUGGCCUUAAAGAAAAGACAGGAGCAUAAAAAGAAACUUCAGAGAUUCAAACACGAUGUUGAGACACGAAGGCGAUCACAAAAAGCAGGAGCAACAGGAGCUGAAACAUUGCAAGAGGAAUCCUCUAAGGAUGAAGUGGAGGAGGAAGGAGGAGGAGAAGAAGAAGAAAUACCAUCUAAGAGUAAUAUUAUUCAGCGUCUGAUGUAUAUUCUGAGAUUUCUCUGGGUCCUAUUCUUGGCCAUGGUUGAUGGACUGACACAGUGGCUAAACACCCUUGCAAAGCAAUACCUUGACACUUCCACUGUUUUGUGGAUAGAGCGCUAUGUACUGACUCAGAAACUUGCUCGAGGUGAGGGAGUGCAGGAACCCCUGACCGGUCUUUAUGAGCCAUCAGAAGACAACAAUCAACCACAGGUGCCCAAAGAGAUAACAGAUGAGUGUGCUUCACAACUCAACACUGCAUCAAGUAAUUCUGAAGAAGAACAAGAAUCCUUGAUGACCUGUGAUGAGAAGAAAGCGGUUCCCGAGUGCAAUAAAAUCACAGAAACUGAAGAACAGAGUUUAGCUGUCGAUUCAGCGGAAUUUGUCACAGUCUCAGAGGAGACAAUUGUCUAUCCCAUUGCCCGCUGUAGAACUGCCAGUGAGCUCCUUACAAGCAGCUAUUACUACAUUGAAGAAUUGGAAGAUUCAGAGAAGUUUUACGAAUGCCAGAAUCGAAUUUUGAAACUGCUGUUUGCAGUGUAUUAUGUAAUUGCUGCUAAAUCCGAAUUGACCUGUUACUUCAUCAUUAUCUUGAACAAUAUGACCUCUGCCUCUGUAAUCACGCUCUUUCUUCCUAUCCUUAUGUUCCUCUGGGCAAUGCUCUCCAUUCCCAGGCCCAGUAAACGAUUUUGGAUGACAGCAAUCAUCUACACUGAGGUGAUGGUGGUCAUUAAAUAUUUAUUCCAGUUUGGGUUCUUCCCUUGGAACAGCCACUAUGUCACUUCACUUUACGAAGACAAACCAUUUUUUCCACCACGAAUCCUUGGCUUGGAGAAGACAGACAGUUAUGUUAAAUAUGAUCUGAUUCAGCUUCUGGCACUUCUGUUCCACCAGUCACUGCUAAAGCGAUAUGGACUAUGGGAUGAUCAGGAGGAUCAAAAGAAAAAGGAUAAUGUAAAAGGAAAGGAGGCUACGCAAAAAUCACAGGCUGAAAACCCAGAUGAAGCUGCAGAUGACCAAGUUUCUGUCUUGCAACCAGAGCAGGAAGUAAAAAAGACCAGAUUCCAGUUCAGAAGGAGAAAGCAAACCAAAGUGAAGGAAAAUUCAUCUCAAAAGCCUAAGAAGAAACACACCAAAAAUGAAAAGGCAAGCAAGAAACUAAGUGAAUUUUGGAUGAAGGUGAAGAGUCAUCUCACUAAGAUGGUGCAGAGCAUUUGCAGACCUCUGCACAACUAUUUUUGCAACAUUCUCCAUACAAAAUACCGUGCAGCGACUGAUGUCUAUGCGCUCAUGUUUUUGGCUGACGUGAUAGAUUUUGUGAUUAUCAUCUUUGGAUUCUGGGCAUUUGGAAAACAUUCAGCAGCUGCUGAUAUUGCAUCGACGCUGUCUGAUGAUCAAGUUCCUGAAGCUUUCCUGGUUAUGGUGCUAAUUCAGUUCUCCACUAUGGUGAUAGAUCGUGCUUUAUACUUACGCAAAACUUUACUGGGAAAGCUCAUUUUCCAGAUAAUCCUUGUGUUUGGAAUACAUUUAUGGAUGUUCUUCAUAUUACCAGCAGUCACUGAGCGAAUGUUUAAUCAGAAUACAGUGGCACAGCUGUGGUACUUUGUGAAAUGCAUCUACUUUGCUUUAUCGGCAUACCAGAUCCGUUGUGGCUACCCAACGCGCAUCCUCGGUAACUUCCUUACAAAGAAAUACAACCAUUUGAAUCUUUUUCUCUUCCAAGGUUUCCGCCUUGUACCAUUUCUGGUAGAGCUCCGCGCUGUGAUGGACUGGGUUUGCACAGACACCACACUUUCCCUCUCGAGCUGGAUGUGCGUUGAGGAUAUCUAUGCCAACAUAUUUAUAAUCAAGUGCAGCCGUGAGACAGAAAAGCGUUAUCCACAGCCUAAGGGUCAGAAGAAAAAGAAGAUUGUCAAGUAUGGAAUGGGAGGCCUCAUCAUCCUUUUCCUCAUUUGCAUCAUCUGGUUUCCCCUUCUCUUCAUGUCGUUGGUCAGAUCAGUAGUUGGUGUGGUGACACCAAUAGAUGUGACAGUAACAGUUAAACUUGGUGGCUAUCAGCCCCUGUUUACGAUGAGUGCACAACAACAUUCGCUCAAACCAUUCAACCAAAAGGAAUAUAAUGACCUCUGUUCAAUGUUUGAACGCAAUCCAGCUGCUAUGCAGUUUAUUACACUCUAUGGUUAUGAGGAUGUAAUGACGGCACAUAUUGAGGGAAGUUCGGGGUCACUAUGGAGUGUUAGUCCACCCAGUCGCCAGGCAAUGAUUGCUGAGCUAAACAGCAAUGAAUCGGUGAUGACACUUCGCCUAAUGUGGACUUUUCAGAGAGACCUGAAUCUAGGUGGAGUACACGAACAUGCCUCAGAGAAGCACACCAUCGACCUAGAACCAGAAAACCCUGUGCGAGAACAGUUGGCAGGUCUUCUCCUGGGAAUGCGAAAGGAACCAGUACUGAUUUCACACAUGUUGCCAAAGUACAUUAGAGCUCCAAAUGGGCCAGAUGCCAAACCUGUUGAACAGAUGUAUCCAGAGCAUGAAAAUAGUUAUCUAAACGUGACAAUGGAACUGCAAAGGCAUGUUGGUAAGAAUGCAGAUGAUUCCGAUGGUAUCUUGGAAUGGUGGGUGAUACAAACCAAAACUGAAGAAUGUAAACAAAACGAGUGCAAUGAACUGCAGAUGGUCAUCUUUAGUGACAAGGUCAGCCCACCAAGCCUUGGUUUCCUUGCUGGACAUGGAAUAAUGGGUCUUUACAUCUCAAUUGUGCUAGUUGUUGGGAAGUUUGUGCGAGGCUUCUUCAGUGAAAUCUCCUAUUCCAUCAUGUUUGAGGAGUUGCCUUGUGUGGAUCGUAUCUUAAAACUCUGCCAUGAUAUUUUCCUUGUGAGGGAAAAUGGAGAAUUGGAAGUGGAAGAAGAACUCUAUGCCAAACUGAUCUUCUUGUACAGAUCACCUGAAACGAUGAUUAAGUGGACUAGAGAGAAGGAUUAACAACAUUCUUUGUUUGUAUUUCUUUCUUUCUGCUUCUGUCUUUCUUUUAUUCUCUUCCUCUGCCCUCUCUUUCCUCUCUACUGAGCCAAGAUGAAUAUGCACAUCCUGAUUGGUUACAGAUUUACCUCAGAUUGCCACAAAUCUCUUGUGCCUUCUUUAAUCGCAAUUAUUCAUUCCUGGUGAAGCAACUUUCCUUCACUAGUUUUAAUAUGAUGAACUUAAUGCCUUAGUAAACAAACACUACUCAAAGAGUUGUAUUUAAAUCCUCAAAUGAAUCAGUGGCAAUGUUGUAUUGCUGAAGGCUGCAUAUUGAAUAGGGAAGAAACUGGGCUGUCUUCUUUCUAGCAUCUGCCUGCACCAAAAAGAGGUUUCUUAUUAAAUACUCAUUUUGACUGGUCAUUUAGCUUGGGUCAGAAUUAUAGAACAGGUUAUUUAUCCAAGACAACCGGAAAAACAAACAUAUUGUAUACUUUCAUGGGGAAACUUGAAGAAGACUGACAAUACAGUUCUACUUCCUGAUGGACAAAGUUUCAAGUUGUUCACAGUUCUGUAAAGAAACCACAGGGAAAUGGAGACCUUAUACAUUAUUGACACAUUUUUAUAUUUUUUAAAAGAGUAUUUUUGGAAAACAUGCUUGCCUGAAGACCAUUUAUUCAAAAAUAUUAUUGAUGUCUUGAAAUACUACUGUCCCAUAGGAACUCUCAGUAAAACUACACAAUGAGAAGAAUCAGUGGAAGGUUGUCAGGUCAAAACUAGGAAGUUGGAUUGCUUCAGUAAGGUUACAACUCCAUUAGUAUGACACUGCAGCAUCAUAACUAUAUCAAAUGAGCAUUUUCUUCUAUAUCUUGUUUAUUAUACACACUUUCAAAGUGAUGAAUUUAUGGCCCAGUGUAAUUUUCCAAAAGUGCCUCCGAUCCUCUCUCUAAUCUGGCUGCAAUAUUUGUAAAGUUACUAUUUUGGAAUAACUUUAACGUUCAAUGGGGCUUUUGUGCAACAAGCCAGUCAUAAAACUCUUUGUUAAAGAUCAUGUUGUAGUUGAUUGUAAUUACAAGAUAUCCAUAUAUAUUAUAUGUAAAUGGAAAGUAUUUGUAAGGAAAAUAGAAUGAUAAAAGUUGAUAUUUUGUUUCUAAAUUAAAGUCAUUUGAAUGACUAUGAUUGUGUAUUUUCCUACUUGUGGGUAAUAAAACCUGA